AUGCAGACUUCUUCUACAAACAUUUGUGAAAGACUGUGCAACAAGUUCAUCCAUGAAAUUUCCUUGCUACUAAAUAUUCCACAGUCAGCUGUUAGUAGUAUCAUAACAAAGUGGAAGCAACUGGAAACAACAGCAACAAAAGUGGUAGGCUACGUAAAAUUACAGAGUGGGGUCAGCGCACACUGAAGUGCAGAGUGCGCAGAAGUUGCCAGCUGUCAGCAAAUUCAAUAAAGACCUUCAAACUUCAUGUGGCCUUCAGGCUAGCACAACAACAAUGCAUAGAGCUUCAUGGAAUGGGUUUCCAUGGCCGAGCAGCUGCAUCCAAG